AUGUCGGUGCCCCAGACUAUACUGGCCACAAGAUUUCGACUACUCAGAUUUGGUAACAUUCUCACGGUUGUUGGGCUCGGCGUUGCGGGCCACCUGCAGUAUCAAAUAGUGAUUUGCGUUGCCUUCUUCAUCCUUGUUGAUUGUUGUGUCGUCAACUGGCUGCGCGCCUCUCAUGACAGCGACGACAUCACCAAGAUCACCAGGCGGGUCUGCAACACAUGUCAGCUUGCAUGUUUCAUUUCGCAGGUCGCUUGCAUGCAGUUUUACAAUGAGGUUCCGAUGGUGCGAGCGACUUUUCUGAUGACGAUACCGUCUUUUAUGGCUGGAUGCUCUCGAGAUGCCAAGGAGGCCUUUGUAGUGCUGCUGGCAAGCUUCAUGCUCACCGCCACUGUCGAGUCGGAGCCAGCGUUCCUCCUCGCCGAGAUCACGCUCUCUUCCUGGAUGAUCUUCGGGGCGUGGAAGGGGCAGAAGCUCAUCGAGCAGACCCAGCAGGAGGCUACUCUUUUCUUCGUCCAGUGCUCCGAGCGCAUGAUGCAGCAGGCCCUGACGGUGCUGCUGGACUGCUCCGUGGUGAUGGAGCAGGUGGCCGCCGAGCCCCCCUCCGGGCACGUCGCGCUGGGGGCGCCCCUCCAGGAGGCCCCCAGCGCCCCGGAGCCCGUCGCCUGGCGCGUCGUUGAGAGCAACCCGCCCGCCGACCACUUCUUCGGCGCGCCCGUGGCCGGCACGGACCUGCGUGACAUGAUCCGCUCCAUCGCCGACCACAGGCGCUUCGACGAGGCGCUGCACGCCGCCGCACAGAUCGGCGAGCACGCCAGGAUGGUCAGCAACGUGAACCUGCGGUGCUCCACCCUGGCGGGCGCCGCCGCCUCGUUCACCCAGAGGGGGCCCAGCGUGGGCGACAUCCCGAAGAAGGAAACACAGCACAGGCAGAAACUUUCGUAG